AUUCAUAUACACUCACAUACAUGUAGGUAUAUAGAUAGAUAUAUAGAUAUAUAAAGCGAAAAAAAUCUCUGAUGAGAUAUUACAAAUUAUUGAUUGCCAGGUGGUCGUAAUUAUAAUCACGACAUGGCAUCUCGCAGACAGCGAAUAAUUUAGCAAGGUGCUGAUAAUCAUCGUUGAGAUUAGUCAUUAACGAUGGUUUCAUCCCAACAUAUCAGGAUUAGAGGCCGAACGUUUAUUGAUGGAACGAGGCUAUGACAGUUCAUUUCUUGCACGUCCAAGCUCUUCCAACCCUGGUGAUUUUACUCUCUCAGUAAGAAGAAAUAGCGAAGUAACUCACAUUAAAAUUCAAAACACUGGUGAUUUUUACGAUUUGUAUGGUGGUGAAAAAUUUGCAACGCUGUCAGAACUCGUGCAGUAUUAUAUGGAAAAUGGGGGACAGCUGCGUGAAAAAAAUGGUGAGGUAAUAGAACUAAAGUAUCCAUUAAAUUGUGCUGAUCCUACCACAGAAAGGUGGUUCCAUGGGCACUUGUCGGCUAAAGAGGCUGAGAGGUUGAUGCUUGAGCGUGGUAAAAAUGGAUCUUUUUUGGUACGAGAGUCUCAAAGUAAACCCGGAGAUUUUGUAUUGUCUGUACGUACAGAUGAUCGAGUUACACAUGUGAUGAUCCGCUAUCAGGAUAAUAAAUACGAUGUUGGCGGUGGUGAAAAAUUUGAUAGCUUAAGUGACCUCAUUGAGCAUUAUAAACGAAACCCAAUGGUUGAAACAAGUGGCAGUGUCGUUCAUUUACGACAACCGUUUAACGCAACUCGGAUAAACGCUAGUGGAAUUGAAAGCCGCGUAAGACAAUUACAUAAAGAAAAUGGUUCGUCAAACGGUUGGGCAAGUUGGAACGGCGCACCGGGAAUUGAUGAAUCUGGUUCGGGACGUGGCAAAGGUAAAGCUGGAUUCUGGGAAGAAUUUGAAUCUCUUCAACAACUUGAAUGCCGUCAUCUAUUCUCACGCAAAGAAGGACUAAGGCCGGAGAAUCGUGCAAAAAAUCGUUAUAAAAAUAUUUUACCUUUUGAUCAUACGAGAGUGAAGCUUAAAGAUGUAGAUCCGAAUGUUCCUGGUGCGGAUUAUAUUAAUGCUAAUUAUAUCAAGAAUGAAGAACGAGAGGGUUCAGGGACCGGUGCUGUGGCCAGUAAUGACUCUUCGGCAUUCAAUAAAUGUUAUAUUGCUACUCAAGGCUGUCUUCCUAAUACAAUUCAAGACUUUUGGCACAUGGUUUAUCAGGAGAAUACUCAAGUUAUUGUAAUGACCACCAAAGAAAUGGAACGAGGAAAGAACAAGUGUGCUAGAUACUGGCCGGAAGAAGGUGAAGUUGCUGAAUACGGUAAUGAAUGGAAAGUUCGUGCGCUCGCACGUACAUCAACAGCCGACUACACGCUGCGUGAAUUUCUUUUACAAGGAAAUAAACCUAAUUUCUCAGAGCCUAGGAGAAUUUAUCAUUAUCAUUUUCAGGCAUGGCCUGAUCAUGGCGUACCUUCAGACCCAGGUUGUGUGUUAAAUUUCCUUCAUGAUGUUAAUGCGCGACAAGAUUCAAUUUCUGCGUCGUUAAAUUCAAACGGACAAACACCUGCAACUGUUGGACCUAUUCUUGUUCACUGUAGCGCGGGUAUUGGGCGAACUGGGACAUUUAUCGUAAUUGAUAUGAUUCUAGAUCAAAUUAAACAACAUGGUUUGGAUUGUGAAAUAGAUAUUCAGCGUACAAUUCAACGAGUUAGAUCUCAACGUUCUGGAAUGGUACAAACAGAAGCACAGUAUAAAUUUGUUUACCUCGCUGUACUACAUUAUAUUGAGACUGCAACACAAAGAAGACAAGCAGAACAGAAAUCUCUGCAAUUUGGCCGUGAAUACACAAAUAUACGUUAUAAAAGUGAAAUAAACUCCGUAGGCGGAAGUUUAAAUGAAAAUUCAUCGUUUGUUCAAACACCGACCUUAACAACGACAAAUAAUUUCACACUUCCAACUCCUGUCACCAGUUUAAGACCCAAGUAGUUAUUAGAGAAUAUAUUUGCAAUUUAUUUAUAUAAAUAUUAA